AUGAUUCUAUCACAGAUAACAAGAAGCGUUGUCGCCACGCCGCCUAGUACCUCCGGGCGAUGGAGCAAUGAUCCAAGAAUACUAAUCAAAGCAGCAGAGGCAGGCGAUAGCUCAACAGCGAUGACGCUGGACCUAAUCAGAUGCGUUGGAACCAACUAG